AUGGUAUCGGUGAUGAAUCUUGAGUAUUUCAACCGUCUCGCCUUACUCGUCUCUCGUUACUCACUUCAAACCAUGGCCAACUAUCUUGUAGUUGUAACAGUGAAACAUUUGGAAACCUUUGCUUUUGAUGAACAACGACAGAUGAGCUGGUUACAGUGCGCUGAAAAUCUUGAAAGUUUCGAGCCUGCUCAGAAGCUAUACAUUGCCAACAAUCGCUUGGGAAAGAAAGAUAAACUCUUGUCAUUUCUUGGAGAGUUGAAAAAAGACUUCUUAACGAAUCAUCUGGACGAUUUCAAUCGCAUCGCCUUCUUGAGUGGCGAUAGGCCACAGCGACUCACGAACGAAGAACUUGUUUGGAAGCCAUUCUCAUCGGUCGCGACUGAUUUCAACGACUACUUUGGUACGAUCACGAGGUUGCUGCGAAGGCAAAGUAUUUAUCGGUUGUCGCAGAUCGGUACCUACUUGGAUUCAGACGACGCAACUGUGUAUGAUGUGCUUAGGCCUACUCUAGAGUACAACGGUCAUUUGGCCAUCAUGGGUACAGCCUUUCAUAUUUGA